CAGACACCCGAGGUAACCGGGCUAGUUGGGACGCGGAACCCCGUUAUGAACCCCUGAGCCCUGCAAAGCCAAGGCAAUUUAGCUAGGGGAUCUCGAAACGGCGCCGUGUGGAGCAGGCUCCAGCCGGGCGGACCCCAGUACACAGCCAGCAACCUCAGGGUGACACGCAGAGCCCGGGAGCGCAACGAUGGAGGCAGGAAUGGCGUGGGGAGCGCUCACCGGCCCUCUGCGGAUUCUCUGCGUCCUGGGCUGCCUGCUGGGUCGAGCCAUCGCUGCACCAUCGCCCAUCAUCAAGUUCCCUGGCGAUGUCGCCCCCAAAACAGACAAAGAGUUGGCAGUGCAAUACCUGAAUACUUUCUAUGGCUGUCCCAAGGAGAGUUGCAACCUCUUUGUACUGAAGGACACCCUCAAGAAGAUGCAGAAGUUCUUUGGGCUGCCCCAGACAGGUGACCUGGACCAGAACACCAUCGAGACCAUGCGGAAGCCACGCUGUGGCAACCCAGAUGUGGCCAACUACAACUUCUUUCCCCGAAAGCCCAAGUGGGACAAGAACCAGAUCACAUACAGGUGCCAAGGAGGGGCUGGGGAUGCGGGGCCAGCAGCCCGAGGGAUGAUCAUUGGUUACACACCCGACCUGGAUCCCGAGACAGUGGAUGAUGCCUUUGCCCGGGCCUUACAAGUAUGGAGUGACGUGACUCCACUACGCUUCACUCGCAUCCACGAUGGGGAAGCUGACAUCAUGAUCAACUUUGGCCGCUGGGAGCAUGGAGAUGGAUACCCGUUUGAUGGGAAGGAUGGACUCCUGGCGCAUGCCUUCGCCCCCGGCACUGGUGUUGGGGGAGACUCUCACUUUGAUGAUGAUGAACUGUGGACUCUGGGGGAAGGUCAAGUGGUCCGGGUCAAGUAUGGGAAUGCUGACGGCGAGUACUGCAAGUUCCCCUUCUUGUUUAAUGGCCGGGAAUACAACAGCUGCACUGACACUGGCCGCAGCGAUGGCUUCCUCUGGUGCUCCACCACCUACAACUUUGAGAAGGAUGGCAAGUACGGUUUCUGCCCCCAUGAAGCCUUGUUUACCAUGGGUGGCAAUGGAGAUGGUCAGCCCUGCAAGUUCCCAUUCCGCUUCCAGGGCACUUCCUACAACAGCUGUACCACCGAGGGCCGCACAGACGGCUACCGUUGGUGUGGCACCACUGAGGACUAUGACCGAGAUAAGAAGUAUGGAUUCUGCCCAGAGACCGCUAUGUCUACUGUGGGUGGAAAUUCGGAAGGUGCCCCAUGCGUCUUCCCCUUCACUUUUCUGGGCAACAAAUAUGAGAGCUGCACUAGCGCCGGUCGCAAUGAUGGGAAGAUAUGGUGUGCCACCACGGCUACCUAUGAUGAUGACCGGAAGUGGGGCUUCUGUCCUGACCAAGGAUACAGCUUAUUCCUCGUGGCAGCCCAUGAGUUUGGCCAUGCAAUGGGGCUGGAGCACUCACAGGACCCCGGAGCUCUGAUGGCGCCUAUCUAUACCUACACCAAGAACUUCCGCUUAUCCCAGGAUGACAUCAAGGGGAUCCAGGAGCUCUACGGGCCCUCCCCUGAUGCUGAUACUGACACUGGUACUGGCCCCACCCCUACGCUGGGACCUGUCACUCCCGAGAUCUGCAAACAGGACAUUGUCUUUGAUGGCAUUGCCCAAAUCCGUGGUGAGAUCUUCUUCUUCAAGGACCGGUUUAUUUGGCGGACAGUGACACCACGCGACAAGCCCUCGGGGCCCUUGCUGGUGGCCACCUUCUGGCCUGAACUCCCAGAAAAGAUCGAUGCUGUGUACGAGGCCCCGCAGGAAGAGAAAGCUGUGUUCUUCGCAGGGAAUGAGUAUUGGGUCUAUUCUGCCAGCACUCUGGAGCGAGGGUAUCCCAAGCCACUGACCAGCCUGGGCCUGCCCCCUGAUGUCCAGAGAGUAGAUGCUGCCUUUAACUGGAGUAAGAACAAGAAGACAUACAUCUUCGCUGGAGACAAGUUCUGGAGAUACAAUGAGGUGAAGAAGAAAAUGGAUCCUGGUUUCCCUAAGCUCAUCGCAGAUUCCUGGAACGCUAUCCCCGAUAACCUGGAUGCGGUCGUGGACCUGCAAGGCGGUGGUCACAGCUACUUCUUCAAAGGUGCAUACUACCUGAAGCUGGAGAACCAAAGUCUGAAGAGUGUGAAGUUUGGAAGCAUCAAAUCGGACUGGCUGGGCUGCUGAGCUGGCCCUGUUCCCACAGGCCCUGAAAUCAACACUGCACACCAGGCCCAGAAUACUGGGGAAGGAUGUGAAGGGGCCUGGCUGCCCUG